AUGAAUCAAUCAUUUAUCAAGCAUUCCGGAAACAGAAUUGGCACCACAACUCCAUUUAAUGAAGAAAUAAAGACUGUCGAAGAGUUAUCAAGCUUUCUUGAACGUCCAUAUUUUUCUACACUAAUCAAAGCAAAUUUCAAUAAAUCAACAAAAAUAAUUGAUGAUAUGGAUGAAUGCUUCAAGGAUUUAGCUAAAUUAAUUGAUUCUGUUGCGAAUGCAUUAUUGCUGACCACUUACUGUCGUUUAGCCAAUCAAAAUCAAACGGAAAUAAAGCAAUGCUUUGAUGCUCAUCUAGCAUUUCACGAACAUUCAUCACAAGUUCUGGAUGCUUGGGGUCGUCCAUCUGCUGGCAUCUAUUCAUCUGGUCCAUUUUUUUGGCUUGGUGCUUAUGACCAGUGUCAAAGUAUACCAAACAUAAUGGCCCUAAAUCAAUCUGUACAAUACUGUCGAGCUAAUAUUCACAUUGAAGCAUAUGGCAUGCAACACCAUCAAAUACCUCUCUUUUACGGAAUGUGCUUGCCCGUUCAUUGUAAUGAACAUUCCGUAAAUGAUAUCUUUCCUAUUUUCUCCUAUUUUUUGGAGAAAACUUUCGGUAUUCUAAUUUCAGAAAAUUCAACUGUUGAAUGUUUCAAACAAAAGGAUUCAUUUUUUAAAAAACUUGGUAUUCCACAGUGGACAGUUCUCGCUGUCCUCGCUUUUCUAAGUUUGUUGGUGCUGUGUGGUACUUCAAUCGAUAUAUAUCGUAAACGACGCAGUCGAAAGUAUUCAGUCAACAAAGAAUUGUCCAGAAGCUGCAGUCAUAUGACAGCACGUUUGAUCCCAAGCACUCCGUCUCAGGUGUCGUCAGUCUGCGCGCCAUACGCCCAAGAUGACGCAUGCAGUUUCAUAUGCAGUGAUGCACCUUCGCAAGCACUUACGUAUAAAAGUACGCCAGCUGUACGAAGAACACUGAAAAGAUCGGCUUGUAUCAUUAAUAGCAUCCUGGCAUUUAGCGUUCGUUCCACUUAUCUUUACUUGACACGUCCGUGUAAUCGACACCUGAAUUCAUUGUACGGUAUUCGAGUGUUAAGCGCUUUUUGGGUAGUAAUUGGUCACACACAUUUGUUUUCAUUGGAAUAUAUUGGUAAUGUUCGACAACUAUGGAAUUUAUUGAAAGCAAAUGGGAACCUUUCUCAAAUUAUUUUUAAUUCUUCACUUUCUGUUGAUUCCUUUUUACUGAUAUCCGCUACCGUGCUAGCAUACAGAGUUCAUCUACGUAUCUUACAACAAAAGCAACGUAAGAGCAAACGUACGGCAUUAUCACCGUCUGGAUGGCUUAUCAUUUGGUUUCAUCGUUUCAUGCGUUUAAUACCCGCUUAUCUUAUCACAUUUCUUAUCAUUUAUCUCGUCUUUCCGUAUACUGGUGAUGGACCAAUGUGGUCUCAACAAAAUGGAAUUUUCGGCGCACGGUGCGAUAGUAAUGAUAUUUGGCGACAAUUGCUUUUUGUAAGCAAUUUCUUUCCCAAUGAAUGCAUGCCUUGGAUGUGGUACCUUGCCUUAGAUACACAAUUUUAUAUGGUAGCUCCAAUUGCGUUGCUACUACUGUAUACUGUACCAACAAUUGCUGUCGCUUUAAUUGUCAUUGUCAUAAUAUCAUCAAUUAUCUAUCGAGCUACUGUAACGAUAUUAUUCAGAUUCCCUGCAACAUUUGUCUCAGCACUUCUCGAACAUAAUGGCCUAGCAACGGAAGAAAUGGAAAAAAUGUUUCGACACUUAUAUGCUGCACCACAGGGAAGAAUUGGCUCAUUCUUCAUUGGAAUCCUUCUUGGUUGGUUACUUUCGAUAAAAUCAAAACAAACUCAUUCAACAAUUCAAAUAGACAUUGCUCGUUUUGCAUCUUUUGCUAUGCUCUCUUUUUCGCUUUUCGGUGCAAAUUACGCAAAUGGUUUCACUAUAUUUUCAAUUUUUUACGCUGCCACAUUCAGAAUAAUCUGGGCAUUCGGUCUGGCCUUAUUUGUUUGGCUAUGUGAACGAGGUCACAUGCGCAUGAUACAUUCAUUUCUUGCUUGGAAGAAAUGGAUCUUCUUCUCCAGAUUAUCUUAUGGGUUUUACUUAUCACAUGAACCAGUCUUACUGUAUUUCAUAUGGACUCGACGUUCAGCUAUAAUGGCAUUUUCACCAUUCUAUUUUAUCACUUUUGCAAUGGAAAUAUCAGUGUUAUCUCUGUUUUUUGCUUCUCUCAUAGCUUUCAUCAUUGAAAUUCCACCCUUAAUGAUUGAACGUAAGAUAUUUAAAACAAUUCGUGCUCGUGCUGUAUCAGAUGAAGCAAAUAAUGAAAGAGAAGGGAAGGAACAGAAUUUCAACGUUCAACUCUAUCAUCAACGGAAGAAUGAUGAGAUUGUCGAGCUUGUCCCAAUGAUAUCACCAAUGAAUCGAACUAAACAAUGGGUUGAGAAGAAUCAUGACAAUUUGAAAGUUGCAUCCACACGAUUUCACAAUCGAACUUGCCAUCAUAGUACUAUCAGUUCUGCAACAAAUAUCUUUCUUAAAGGAGCCAAGAAAAGCGAUGGUAGUGUUGGGAGUGGCGCUCUUUCCACAUGCAAAAGCUUCUCGAAGGAAUCAGCAGAUGAAAAACAGAUCUUUGAAAAUGAGCCAUUUUGUACGAUGAACUCUCCUACUGUGAUGGUAUCAAAAACAAGACAACAAUUUGGAAACAUCGGUGAUGACAAUGAUGACAAUGAUGUUAUUCAUCAAAGUGACACAAUUAUGGAGAAGAAAUGCAGUAAUGCUCAAAAAUUUGAUACAUUACUGAAACAGAAACAGAAGAUACCGUUGGAGCAAAAUCAUGAUAAAGAGAUGUCACAAACGGAAAAUGUAAGUUUCUCAUGGAUUGAAGAAGCUAGAAAGAAGCUUGAUAUGGAACAGCCAACUUAUUUUCAAAUUCCUUAUAAAAAAGAAAGGAUAAUUGCACAACAAAGUGGCGUAAACCGACAAAAACAACAACAUUUAGAUAUUCAUCGUCUUAUAGAACAGACACCGUUAUCAAAUAAAUCAUCAAGUUCAACUAAUACUGGAGAAACUAUUAUCCAUGUAAUCAACGGAAAUCGGGAGAGUCCGAAUGAAUCAUACUUGUAG